AUAACCGAAUCCCAUUUGCUACGGAGCAGUUGAAUCGAUUUCCCUCCAUCACCGACCUUCCUCCUCCUCUCCAUUCUCGAGCGAGCUCGAGCUCGAGCUUCGCUUGCAGCAUCGGAAUGGCCGCCUCCGCCAAGCUCGGCGCGGAGCUCGGCCUCAAGCCCCGCCAGCCACCGCGGCCGUCGUUCGACUUCGGCGACUACCCCUGCGGCGGCGGCGGCGGCGGCGGCGGCGACGAGGACCGGGUGCCUUUCUUCAGGUCGGCCUCUCGCCGGCGGGGCGACACGUGGAUCGUCUCCCUCUUCGUGCUCCUCCACGUCUUCGCCUUCGUCGCCACCAUGGCCGUCAACAACUGCGGCGAGAGCUCCCACGGCGAUUGCGCGCUCAAGGCCCUUGGCCGGUUCUCGUUCCAGCCGCUCCCCGAGAACCCCCUGCUCGGACCUUCCGCUUCGACGCUGGAUGCAGUGGGGGCUGUCCGACGAACAUUGCUGACUGAGCACCAGACUUGGCGACUCUUCACUGCACCAUGGUUGCAUGCUGGGAUUUUCCACCUAUUGAUCAAUCUGCUCAGUGUCACGUACUUGGGGAUUCAUCUAGAGCAGGAGUUUGGACCAUUAAGGUCGGGGAUGAUCUAUAUACUCUCUGCCUUGGUUGGUAGCCUGGUUUCUGCGCUUUUUGUCCAAGACAGUCCACAAGUCGGUUCAUCUGCUGCUCUUUUUGGACUAUUGGGAGCUAUGCUUGCUGUUUUAAUACGCUAUUGGAGACAUUUCAAUGAUAAGUUUGCUGCUCUGGUUUUCAUUUUCUCAAUCUUCACAAUCAAUUUCGCUCUUGGCCUGUUGCCCUAUAUCGACAACUUUUCGAGCAUGGGAGGCUUCAUAUCGGGAUUUCUACUUGGUUUUGUGGCUCUAUAUAAACCUCAACGUAGAGAACUUCCUCCUAAUAAGGUUGGUCUCUUUGACUAUGGUGUUCAGAGUUCCAUCAAGUUGAAGCAGAUGCUGGAUGAACCAGUGCUGAGGAUUGUGGCUCUUCUUCUCUUUGCUCUCGUAUUCUCAGGGUGUCUUGUCGCAGCACUAAGGAGAAUCGACUUUAACCAGUACUGCAGUUGGUGUUAUUUUCUCAAUUGCAUCCCUUCAAAAAGAUGGAGCUGCAACGACAUGACGACUUCUUGCGAGAUCUUGCAGUCUGUGGAGCGCAAUGCCGAGUUAACUUUGACCUGCAUGGCUAAUGGCAAAUUCAGGGUGUUUCCUUUCACCAACAUUUCGCCAGCUAGAAUGGGGGAUUUGUGCACUCUGCUAUGCUCGUAGAUCUUCUGUCUCGGACAAAUUAGCUUCGCAUUCUCUGACGGUCUCAAGCACGGUUUAUGACUUGUACUUCAGUCUUGCGGUGAAUUUUGGUAUUCUUUUGUAGAGACUACAUCGACUGUAGAAGGCCUAAUUUCCAGAAAAAGCUUGAAGGUCAGACUAAGUUUUCGAAUCUGUUCUGACCUUAAAAAUGCGAUGGCUUGAGGUUCUUUUCGAUUU